CGGCAUGUCAGCUGCACGCUGGGGCCGCGGCGUGGCGGGGUUCGGGAGGGCCCUGUGGCCGGCGGGACCCCCCGGCCUCCUGGCCGGGGAAGGGGCCCUUGGUGGCGUCUGGGGCCGUAAGAGGAGCUCGACUGCCAGCCCUUGUGAGCAGGACCGCCGGAAGGACUGGGGCCAUGCCGAGCUGCUGGAGGUGCUCAAGGCGCGGGUGCGGCAGCUGCAGGCCGAGGGCGUGGCAGAGGUGCCGGUGAAGAGGGUGGCCAAGAGGGUGGCCGUGGCUCGAGCCCCGGAGGCUGGCGGCGCCCAGCCACCCAGGCAGGCCCAGGCCGGGGCCAAGGGGGCCGCCGCCACGCUCAGCAGCCGCUGGGCGCAGAAACUGGACAGCGAUCAGCGGCUGAUGGAGAAGCGCAAGCAGCGGCUGGAGGGGAAGAUGCAGAAGCGUGUGGAGAAGGGCGCCUGGCAAAAGCAGCUGCGCCUGGAGCCCCGGCUGCUGAGCAGGAGGCUGGCGAGCCAGCUGCAGCACUGGGAGCAGGGGGCGCCCCGGAGCCCGUGGGAGGAGCAGCUGGCACAGCUGCUGCAGGAGGCCCCACACAGGCUGAGCAGCGAGGCAGCGGCGGCUCCGGCGGACAGAGGCCCCGAGUCGCGGCUGGAGGGCCAGCAGCAGAGGCUCCUGUCCUUCUUUGAGUGCUGCCUGCUCACGGGCCACCUGCCCCUGGCCCAUCACAUGCUGGUCACCCACCACAGCAAGUCCCCGCAGCAGCGCCUGCUCACGCUCUCCAUGUACAACAUGGUCAUGCUCGGCUGGGCUCGCCAGGGCUCCUUCAAAGAGCUGACCUACGUGUUCUUCAUGCUGAAAGAUGCUGGCCUCGCCCCGGACCUGCGGUCCUAUGCGGCUGCCCUGCAGUGCAUGGGGCGCCUGGACCAGGAUGCUGGCACCAUCCGAAGGUGCCUGAAGCAGAUGGCGCAGGACGGGCUACAGCUGCAGGGGCUCUUCACAGCUGUGCCGCUGAGCGCCGAGGAGCGGGCUGAGCUCCUGCGGGCCGUGCGCAAGGCCAAGCCCGCCUUCACCCCCCCGCAGCCGCCUGUGCCCCCGCCCCAGGUCAACACCUCACCGCUGCUCCGGGAGAUCUAUGCCAAGGAUCCCGCUGUGUCCUACCCAAGGCUGCACUUGUCCCUGAAGGAGCUGCAGGGCCUCUUCCAACAGCAGCUUCGCGUGGAGAUGGCCAGCACCGUCACCGUGGAGUCUGUGGAGAAGGUUCCACUGCUGACCAAGGAGGUCCUGCAUGCGCGGAAGACCCUGGCAGACCUGCGCACCCGAUGGAGGACGGCGCUGUACCGGGAGCUGCAAGAGACCAAGGAGAGCGAGGCCCACGCUGCUCGAGAAGGCCGCCUCUCACUCUUCCCGUACCUGUGCCUGCUCAGCGAGAAGGAGGUUGUGAAGAUGCUGCUGCAGACCCUGCAGGCGCUGCCCGCGCAGGGAGAGUCACUUCUCUUCCUGGCGCACGAGCUGGGUCUGCGCGUCUUCAAGAGGAAGCAGCUCAGAAACGAGGUGCAGGAAUUGGAGCAGCGCUACUCCAAGUACCUGCACCUGCUGGCCUCCGACACCCAGGUGGCGGAACCGUGCCUGCCACGGCAGCACUGGGAGGCGCUGGGGGUGCCUGAGGACCCCCACGAGCAGCCCUGGCCCAUGUCAGUGGUGGUGCAGCUGGGCAAGCAGCUGGCGGAGGUGCUGGUGCGGGCCGCGCAGAUGCCCAGCAGCCUGGCAGCGCCCCGGAGCCCUGGCACACUCAUCCCUGUGCUCUACCACGUGUACUCCUUCCGCAGCUUCCGCCAGAUCGGGAUCCUGAAGCCUCACCCGGCCUUCACGCAGCUGCUGGAGACGGCGGCAGAGCGCACACUGACCUUUGAGUCGACGGACGUGCCCAUGCUGUGCCCACCACUGCCCUGGACGUCGCCCCACUCAGGCGCCUUUCUGCUGAGCCCCACCAAGAUGAUGCGCUCAGUGGAGGGCAGCCAGCAGCACCAGCUCCUGCUGGAGCGCUGCCCGCCUGCCGAGCUGCACGGCGCCCUGGAUGCCCUCACCCAGCUGGGCAACUGUGCCUGGCGGGUCAACGGACGCGUGCUGGACCUGGUCCUGGAGCUCUUCACUGACAAGGGCUGCCCUCGCCUGGGUGUGCCCGCCCCGCCCUCCGAGGCCCCCCGGCCACCUGAGGGCCGUCAGCCUCCCAAGCGCUGCUUGCUGCCCGAGGUCUCGCCUGCUGAAAAGGCUGAGAUGCGGCGGGAGCUGGCCCGGCGCCUGAAGGUGGCACGGGAGAUGCAGAGCCUGCGCGCCGAUGCACUGUACCGCCUGUCGCUGGCCCAGCACCUGCGGCACCGCGUCUUCUGGCUGCCGCACAACAUGGACUUCCGCGGCCGGACCUAUCCCUGCUCACCGCAUUUCAACCACCUGGGCAGUGACCUGGCCCGCGCACUGCUGGAGUUUGCCCAGGGCCGCCCACUCGGCCCCCACGGCCUCAACUGGCUCAAGAUCCACCUGGUCAACCUCACGGGGCUCAAGAAGCGCGAGUCGCUGCAGGCGCGCCGGGACUACGCGGACCAGCUGAUGGAGGACAUCCUGGACUCGGCGGACCGGCCCAUGGCGGGCCGCAAGUGGUGGAUGGAGGCGGACGAGCCCUGGCAAGCCCUGGCCUGCUGCAUGGAGGUCGCCCGGGCGGUGCGUGCCCCCGACCCCACCGCCUACGUCUCCCACUUCCCGGUUCACCAGGAUGGCUCCUGUAACGGCCUGCAGCACUACGCCGCCCUGGGCCGGGACAGCGUGGGGGCCGCCUCCGUCAACCUGUUGCCCUCGGACUUGCCGCAGGACGUGUACAGUGAGGUGGCUGCAAAGGUGGAGGUGUUCCGCAGGCAGGACGCCGAACAGGGUGUGCGGGUGGCCCAGGUGCUGGAGGGUUUCAUCAGCCGCAAGGUGGUCAAGCAGACGGUGAUGACCGUAGUGUACGGGGUCACCCGCUACGGGGGCCGCCUGCAGAUCGAGAAGCGCCUCCGGGAGAUCCACGACUUCCCCCAGGACUUCAUGUGGGAGGCUUCUCACUACCUCGUGCGCCAGGUGUUCAACAGCCUGCAGGAGAUGUUCUCGGGCACCCGGUCCAUCCAGCGCUGGCUGACCGAGAGCGCCCGGCUCAUCUCCCACACGGGCUCGGCCGUGGAGUGGGUCACGCCCCUGGGCAUCCCCAUCAUCCAGCCCUACCACCGUGACUCCAAGGUCAUGGUAUGUGCAAUCAAAGGCGGGCUCCAGAGCCUCACCUUCAGCAGCAGCGUGGACACCAGCCAGAAGCCCAACACGCUGAAGCAGAAGAACGGCUUCCCACCCAACUUCAUCCACUCCCUGGACUCCUCGCACAUGAUGCUCACGGCCCUGCACUGCUACAGGAAGGGCCUGACCUUCGUCUCGGUGCACGACUGCUUCUGGACCCACGCCGCUGACAUUGCGGUCAUGAACCAGGUCUGCCGCGAGCAGUUCGUCCGUCUGCACAGCCAGCCCAUUCUCCACAACCUGUCCAGGUUCCUGAUCGAGCGGUUCUGCUCCGACCCCAGGACCUCCAAGAGCAUCUGGGUCUCCAGGCUGACGGACACGCUGCUGUCUGUGCCCAAGGCAGGGACGUUCAACCUGGAGCAGGUGAAACGCUCCACGUACUUCUUCAGCUGAGGGCCUGUGCCGCCUCCCUGUUCCUUAGUGUGAAUAAAGGUCUGUCACCACGUGGGGGCUGCUUGCCUCGGGGAGGGGCGGGCUGCGCGCCGCGUCCAGGCGGAGCGAUCAUACGCGGCAGGCUGGGCGCCAAUGCUGUCGUUUAUUGCGCGGAAUGGGGGCGUGGGGCUUAGUGGGGC